CUUUACUCUGUGCACUUGUUGUGUAAGUUGAAAGAAGUCACUAAGUGUGCAAGACUUGGUCAAGGAAAAGAGAAUUCACCAUGCUGAAUCCACUUCCACUGUGGCUCCUCAUGGCAUUCAGUGGGUAUUCCACUGCAGCACCCACUGAUUGUUCUACAAAGGUGGUACAAGCGCCAGCAGAUAUUGUCUUCCUUCUGGAUGGAUCUGGGAGUGUGGCUGCAGACCAGUUCUUGAUCAUGAAAACGUUUGUGAAGAAUAUGACCAGGAGUCUCCUGCCAUAUGACACUUUAUUUUCCUUUGCACAGUACUCCAGUAGCUUCAACAAACAUGUUAACUUCAAUCAGUUUAGCAGAACAACAUUUGAAAGUCGGGUGAACAGUAUCGUCCAGAGCCGUGGAGGAACAUACACCGCAUGGGCCAUGGAGAAAGUUGUGCAAGAAAUGUUUGAUUCAUCUGUUGGAGCAAGAGCUGGCGCGAAAAGAUUCCUCAUCGUCAUCACAGAUGGGCAGUCCUCUGAUUCUAUAAACUAUCCCAGUGUUGCAGCGCAGGCUGAUGCAAGCAACAUCACUAGAUACGCUAUUGGGGUUGGUGCUGCCUGGGGCAGUAAGUCAUCCCACAAUGAGCUGAAUGCCAUUGCAUCCAAACCUGAAUCGGAGCACCUGUUUCAAGUGGCCAACUUUGGUGUGCUGGAACAAAUCAGCAAAUCACUGGAAAAGAAAAUCUUGACCGAACAAGGGGUGGCUGAAAAUUGUCCAAAACCAGGCAACCAAACGUGUCCGCCCACACCUUCCGAUCCACUCAAUACAACCCGAGCAUCUGCAGAUAUAGUCUUCCUUCUGGAUGGAUCUUCGAGUGUGAAGGCAGACAAGUUCGUUCUAAUUAAGGAAUUUGUGAAGAGUGUGACCAAGACUCUCCUGCCGUUUGACACCUUAUUUGCUUUUGCACAGUACUCUGACCAGAUGACCAAACAUGUGAACUUCAAUGAGUUCAAUAGAACAGAUUUUGAAAAUCAGGUGGACAGUAUCGUCCAGAGACAAGGAGGCACACACACAGGAUACGCUGUUGAGAAAGUUGUGAAAUAUAUGUUUCAUUCUUUUGCUGGAGCAAGACCUGCUGCCAAAAGAAUCCUCAUGAUCAUCACAGAUGGGCAAACCUCUGGUCCUUCGAAUUAUGCCACAGCCACAGCGCUGGCUGAUGAGAAAAACAUUACUAGAUACGCUAUUGGGGUUAGCAGUUUCUCGACCAGCCAGAUGGCAAAAAAACGGCUCAAUGCCAUUGCAUCCAAACCAGAAUCAGACUAUGUGUUUCAAAUAGACAACUUUGAUGCACUCGGCAACAUCAGCAAAGCACUGGGAAGUGUCUCUGGCGAACAAGUCGUGCCCACCGUUAAUGGAAAUGCUGACGGUGCACCUUGUGAAUUCCCUUUCGUGUACUUGGGCACAAGCUACUCGACAUGUACUACCAUCAACCAUGACAAGCCAUGGUGUUCAACCACAAGCAACUUUGACGAGGAUGAGCGAUGGGGAGAAUGCUGCAUUCAAGAUGGGGAAUAAUUGGACAUGUGACCGUAAAAAUGAUUUAAUAAAGUCUAAACAUUGAAGUGAAAA